GAGUGACAGAGAGAGAGAUAAAGAGGGGGCCCGCUCAGAAUUAAAUGAUAGGUGUCUCGGGUGCUUGCCAAGCCGGGCAAAAUGGCAUGGCUUUUAGGUUGCCCGGCGGGACUGUAGGUUGCCAUUGGCUAAUUUCUAAUUUCGAGCUCUGCCGGGUCGGGGCUGGGCGAACCUCCUGCGACUUUGGAGCUUCCUGACAUCAGUCUCUGCCUGAGACUACGAGUACCAUGAUAUUGGAAUCCGCAGGCUGCGGUUGGAGUGUCAAUCCCAGAUGGACACAAGUCAAACAAUGUAGUGGGUCAAAAGGGAAAUUGUGUAAUGGUGUCGACAUGUGCAACAGAGAGCAACAUGCUGCAGUAAAGAGGACUUUACCAUUCUCACCAAAGAACUUGGGCUGUGAGAACUUAACUGAAAUGGCUAUCUGCUCAGAGGAAGAUGUCCUAAAUUGUACAUUUGAAUCCUGUGAUACAGAAGGGAAAGGAGAAGUAUAUGUAUCCAGAAUCAUUGCAUAUCUGGAAGAUGUCACAGGUCAAAGCUGUGAGAAAGGACAAUUACGAAUGCUGCACAGAAUGCUAAAUCCGGAAGAAAGGGAUGUCGCAGUGAAUUUAGGAACCUUUCACAAUGUCAUGAAGCAGUGGAUAGCUGAAUGCAGGGAGGAGGGGCUCUCCAGUGGAAAGAAUGAAGAGUCCAAAGCCAAAGACAACAUGUGUAUUUUGCAUACUGAUAAGAAAUCUGAUGCAUCAUCAGGACAACUAGAAGGAUAUGGGGGUGAUGUCAACAGAGGAAGCUUGGAGGCAACUGAGCUGAUCAAUAACAUUGAGUGUUUGGAGUACACCAACAGGAGGUUGAUGGAUCAAGGUGCUAAAUUACAGAGAACGGUAGAAGGGUUUGAGGAAGCAAAUGUACGGCUGACUGAGGAAAUCUUUGAACUGAAAACCAAACUGAAAAGCUCCCAACAAGCAAUCCAACAUGUAAAGUUACUAGAGAAUGAAAUGGAGGAUUUGAAAUCCAUUAUGAAAAAUCUAGAAGACAAUAAUUAUAAGCUGCAGACUCAAAACCGACAACUGGAAAAGGAGAAUCAGAACUUGGAUACAAGCAUCAGUCAGCUUCAGGAAGAGAAUGGGAAACUGACAGUUGAGAAAGACAAUAUAUACUGCAGAAACGAUGAGCUGCUAUUUGAGAUGGUUGAGCUGAAGAAUCAGAUAUAUGAAGCCAAAGGAUUGAUUUCUGUUAAGGAUGCUUUACUUAGUGAGAAAAUAAAUCAGUCAGAGGAAAUGAAAUCAACUGUGGAUGAAUAUAAUGACAUAAUUCAGGGAUUGAAAGAUGAAAUAAACAAGUUACAGUAUCAUCUCACGUGUGAAGAUUUAUCAGUCAGACCCUUUGGCAUCCAAGAUGUACAAUUGCAAACUCCCAUUCCUCCUGUAAGAGCUCCAGAAUAUUCUCUACAGCUUGAGAUAGAAGAGAUUCAACAGAGAUCAGAUGUUGCUUCAAAUAAUUUACCCACACCCCUGUGUGGCACAUUACCACUACACAAUUCAGCAAGACUAAUCAAAAACAUUAUGUAUGACAGCUGUUCUCAACUAAACUGGGUGGCUUUUCGGACAAUCGCUGAGGAUUUGCUGAUGCAGCAAGAUAUUGAAGAGGAAACUAAAGAAUUUCUGCAGAAAUUCGGUCACCUGCUUUACGCUAAGGUUAUCUGGGACAUGUACACGGGGAAUCUGACUCCACGAUUGACAGCAGUCAUGCAGCGAUACCAUCCGGCAGAGAGGGACUCAUGCACUAGAAGUUAUAUUAUAAAAUAUAAUGAAGAUUCCAUGGCUGAGUGUAUGAAACCUGGACUACAACUUAGACAUAUAGGGGAAGAACUGAAGGUCGUACCAGGGGCAGCACACAGGCUUGAGCUUGGCUUGUCUCCAGCGCUUUACAUUCAGAGAGAGGAUAAUACAAGAUAUGCAACUCUUGCAGAGACUCUGCAAGUUCAGAUAACUUGUCAGGGUAUGAAUGACAACAUAGGUGAGCAACAAAGCAAUUUAGAACUGCUUUAUGAUGAGCUAUUUUCGAGUGAGCAGAAGCAUGAAGGAAACAUUUGCAUUCGAUGGAAUAUGACACAGUCAGAGUUGGCAGCACAAGCAGCUGAUGAGCAACAUGAAAACCAUUCGGCCCCGUCCAUUUUGUUUCAUUCUCAGAUAAAGAACAUAUGUCUUCUGGGUUUUCUGCUCGUCUUUACAAUGAUGCUUGUGGUAUUUUCCAGUUUUUUCUCUCUUUUUCACUGGUCUUGUCAGAAAUACUCUAUUGCGGAAUGCACAGACAGCAGCUUCUGGUCAUUAUUGAAAGCUUUACUAUGCCCUCAAAUCAGAGUAAGGUAUGCAGCUCCUCCACCUGUUUGACACACUAAUCAUUGUAAUUUUCAAAAUAAACAGCACUUUUAAAUUUUAAACA